AGUGACGCCUGCAACCCUCAACUCUGCUUUUUUUGAACGGCCGACAAGCCGGGUUUGUGACUACGGCCUUCUGCUCUCACUGUGUAUUGACAGCGUGAACCUACGCAACGUCAGUCUACAAGAUCCACGCUGAAACGAGGCUAGGCAAAGUUAACCAGCAACGGCAUGGCACCACAAUCAAAGGACGCAGGCGUCAGUAUUCUUACUCCGGACUACGUGGCCUUGCUUCAGAGGUUGUGCAAAACCACCCAGCCAAGCAUCAGCGAUGUGAGCACUACCUUGAAGUUAUUUUGCGCUUUUUUGGGUGGCAGAAACCCUAAGCGUUCUCCCGUGUCAUCAUCGUCGUUGUCGACUUCAUCCUGCCGUGCCAAAAAACGCGGCGGCAAGUCCGCUGCCCGUGCGAGUGCUGUGACAGACAAUGCUUCAGGUGGUGGCUGUGGAGGCGCCGGCAGCGACAUCGGCUUCGAGCGUUCUUGCACGUGGGUGCCAGACAAGAAGGCCUGUUGGAUUAUGUCCAACCUAGACAUGUGGAACCACGUUCUCUGCGAGGUCUGCAUCGAACUCCGUGAGGACAAGUGGGACGAGCUCACGCUACAAGCGUACGAGUGGCCCGAGAACAAGUCGGUAGUCCACGGCGCUCUUUGCGCCUCGCUGCUCAUCCACGUGCUGCUGCGGCAACACAGGUGUGUCACUUGCGUCUUCUUGGACAUGUCUGUAACCACAGUUGAAAGCCACGUCAUAUGGCACGCCCUGAGGACUGGCGCUGGGGGUGUCAAGUGGCUCGAGUGCAGGCCGUACUUCCUUGGUCUACGAAGCCCGGUUACAUCGGUCGAUACGACCACCUGGUCCCAGGCGGUGGCGGCUCUGACGAACCUCAACAUCCUGCAUCUUCACUGCAUUCACUUCUCCAAGGAAAUCGCGCGUACGCUUGGCGGUUACGUGAUGCGAUCCACUGCACUCAGUACACUCCAGUUAAUUAACAUCAAGGCUGAUGACAGGGACGCAGGCGUGUUCCUGGACUGCCUCGCCUGCAACCGCACUGUGAAGGUCCUGUGUGUGCAAGAAUCCUUCCUGAUCGCACGGCAGGGCCAGGCUCUGGCAGAAGUCGUCCGAGACCACGUGACCCUUGAGAAACUUGAAGUGACGGGCUCCUCGGCCUGCAUUCCAUCUGCUCUGCUGGCAGCCGUGGUUCAGAGCAAAACUUUGACGGCGCUUGCGGUGCACGCAUGCUCGAUUCGCACCGAGGAUAUCGAAGCUAUGGCCUCUGCCCUGACGCUGCCAGCGCCGUCUCCCGCGUGUGACGGCGAGAACGCUGAAAGCUGUGGCGCCUGCCCCGACAGGAGAGCGUUUUGAGGGAGCUCAACUUUAUAAACUGCGCACCUUGUGACUCGCGCCUGCAACAAGCGU